GUUACUCAGUUAAGGCGACGUGACGAUUUCGCGCAAUAUAAUGUGGAGCAGUACAGCUGGCGAGAGCUGAUUAAUCGCCGGUUUUUUUUUAUCACGAUCGCGCGGGCAAAACACUGAUUGAUAAGAUUAAGUUGGAAGAGUGUGGCUGUGUGCUGAGAGAUAGAUAGUACAGCCACCAAGAUUACAUCAGAGUUUUAGUACGAGAUGAAAACGAAAACUGCUGGAAGGUCGUCGGUGAACGUGUGAGAUAUUCAGCAAAGUGGCUUAGAAAAACAAAGUUAAAACCACAAAUCUUGAAUCAAAACUGACCAUGGUCAAGGAUCGUUUGAGCGAGUUGAAAAGUAAACGGAAGUACAGCAGCGAUGUCAGCCUGGAUAUGGUGCACACCAAGUCGCAGGAGGAGAUUUUCUGCAAUUUGGAGAAGUUUUCAGAGCUCACACUAUGGGUCCGUACGAUACGGGACAAUAUCGAGGAGAUGCGCAAGGCAGUGUCCACCCCUUCGUUUCAUUACAAUGAUAAAGUAAUCCGCGAAAAGGUAGAGCGACGCAUCGGCCAAAGCAUAGACCUGUGCAAGCGCAUUCACAACGCCAUCAAGCGGCUGCACGAGGAGCUGGAGCAGGACGAACGGCGGGGCAGCGUUCUGUUCCGGAUCAAGCACACCCAGUUCAUUGUGAUAAAGGACGACUACCUGAGUGCGUACCGGGAGCACGAGGAGUUUGUCAACUACUACGAGGAUAAGAUUAAAAAGCUGAUGAAGCUGGAGGCGAAAGCGAUGAAUUACAACAUCACGGAUGAUGAGGCGUCGGAGAUGUUGGCCAGCAAUCACAUGGCGCCGUUUGUUGGAAAUAUCCUAGAAGAAACGGAACAAGAGCGACAAAAGCUGAGAGAUAUCAUGUCGCGGCAUUCACAUUUGAUGGAGCUGGAAAAAUCCCUCGUCGAGAUUAGAGACUUGUUCCUGAGGAUAUCAACGCUGGUUAUGGAGCAGGCCAGCCUGGUCCAGGUGAUCGAGUACCACGCCCAGCAGGCCUCCCUCAACACGGACCACGGCGCCCACCAGCUGGAGAAGGCUCGCGAGUACAAACUGAAGGCGCUGAAGAAGAAAACCUGCCUGCUGAUCUGGGUGGUCGUGGUGCUCUCGGUGCUGGUGCUGCUGAUGAUCAUAUUCUGAGCAGCCUGCAAAGCCAUUCCAGCUAGCGACCAACUAACUAUUUAGCAUAAGUGUGUAAAGUGUUUGUGUUCAGUAUGAUUUACUAGAAUAUGUAAAAAGAAACGCCUACAGUUAGACAAUCAUUUAGUUUAAGACAUAGACAAAUAGAU